AUGCAGGUGUUGCUUGGAGUUUGGGCCUCUUUAUCCAGGGUCAAGAGGUUAAUGGAAGCACAGCUCGAGUGAGGCGGUCUUACCAAAAAAAAAGAAAAAGAAAGAAAGAAAGAAAAAAGGAAUUAAAUAUUUACCGGGUGAAAGAAAUGCCAAUUGGCAGAUUAAAUACGCAGCCCCUUUGUUAUCAUUCCAAUAAUUCCAGAACAAAAAAGUCAGGAGCCAAAUGGGGAACCGAAGCUAUGGUGCAAACCUCACAGCUGUGCAAAGCAGGAGGGGACGUGUGCUGCCUGGGGCAGGGGGGGCAGCAGCCCUGAGAGCGCUGCCAUUGAUUCUCCACAUCCUUUUCCAGCUCAGGUGCCCUUUCUCCUCUCCUGCUGUUGGAUGUACCGAGGGCGUCAGGCUUGUGAUGGGCUACGAGUUGAGGUAGAAGCUCUGUGCAGAGCUGGGAUGGUUUGCACCAAGUCACAGCUGGGUCCCUUUGAUGGCUUUUACAGGCUGCCGUGUGGGUUCGUGUUUUAAUUUCCCUGACCCCCUGCCUGUAAAGUGGAGAUGAGAGCUGUGCCUUUUUGUCACCCAUUUCUUGGAUUAGGCUGUAAAUUCUUUGGCACAGAAAUCCAUUUUCUUGAUGUGCACACAGAGCACCCAGUCACACAAGGCUAGUGCUCUCCGUGGGGCUUAUUAAGAUCUAAACUAUUAGCAACAAACCUUUGUGUUAGCAUGCAGAGACUGUUUGAGAGGGACAGACAAGCUUUGGAUUUGGCUCCUGGACGCACAGUGAGAAGUGGCUUUCCCCAGCCCUGAUAACAUUGCUGUGCAAUGGGAGCUACCCAAGGUAUGGCCAGUGACCACUGUCUCAUUUCACUGCAGGACUGAGUUUUGAAGAGUGACGUGGAAACAACGCUCCAGUUUCAAUGGACCCUUCAUGUUCUGAUGGCAGAACAACUCUUUCUCCCUCGAAAGCAGCAUAACCUGAGUCCUCAGGGGCAGUGACCACUUGGAGGUACUUUGAAUUGAUCCCGUGUGGCUCGUGCCCUCUCUGCUGAGGAUGCAAAUGGAGUGCUGGCAUGCAGACCUCAAAAGGCAGAUGUUUUUCUGCUAACACUUGAGCUGUUCGGGUCAGUGAGGCACUGGAGUGACACUACAACCCUCAGUAACAGAGGGCUUCAUCUGACACCCCAUUGCACUGCAUAGCUUUUGUAUGUUCUGCUUUCCCCUGGGACAAACUGUAUUUUUACAGCCAGCUGAAUGGCAGCUGAUAUAAUCAGGAGCACUGGGAGCAACAAUUCCUCAGGGCUGCAACUCACAUGGGCUGCCGUGUUUGUUCUUCCCAGGGAGUGAAGCCCUUAACAAAAGCAUGGACCAUUCCGUACGUAUUGCUCAAUAGGACAACUUCUGCUCUCAGUUUACAAGUCUGAAAACAAAGUAUAUAUGAUACCAUCAAACUGCUUCAUUCCAAAGCCUGCUGCUCCUUCAAACGUCAAGGCUGUAACCUUCAGACUCUACUCUGAGCUCUGAACCUUUGCAUUCCUGGGGAUGCUGGUUGGACCUCGCUGUGCUUCAGGGCAGUGGGUGAGCUCAUACCUCAGUCCUGAGAGAAACCCAGCAGAGGAGGGAUGAUGCCACGUGAAGUUCUGCGUGCUGCUGAAAGCUCUUCCUUAGAAAACUUUAUUCCCCUUGUAGUCUAUUUCUGAAUCGUAAAUGUGCUCAGCUCACGUUUGCACGUUCUUCACACUUGAGGUCUCAGGGUUUGGCCUUCUUUAAUUAAAUGAAGAUGUGCUCAACUACUUGCUUGCAGGUGUGGGAUCUUUAAACGUCACAAAUUUCCAAAUAAACCAGAAGAGUCAGGAAGGAAAAACAACAACAAAUCUCAAUACCUGUGAGCUGGUGAUGAAGCACCGCCAGAGGCCUUUCUCUUGCUCCUGCUUUGACCCACUUCUCAGCGAGUUGCUCAGCCUCUCAGGAGCAAAUCUGCCAACCUUACUCUUCAUGCAGGACGAGAGGCCAUUUCAGCGCAGGUCAACAACAGAGAGCUGUGAUUUCAGGGUCAGAAAAAGGCAAUGCUCCCCAUAAAACAUGCUGAGUCCCAUCCCAGCUGCCUUCUGUCCAGCUGGAAUGCAAGAGGAGUUGUCCCAGAAGCAUCAGGUGGCGGCAUUGGGAUCCAUCUUCACCAAGCCUUGAAGACAUCGGGGAUGGGGAUGGAGGACCACUGUGCUGGGACUCCAAUGGAAUGAGCUCUUCUGCUGCACUGCCUUCACAGCUGCACAAACCCCGUCCUUCCUCGCAGCCUCACCCUGCAGCUUCCAGAGCCAGUCAUGCGACCCAUAGCGCGUUUGGUCUUGGAGGAACUUUUUAGCGUCAUGAAGAACAACACAGAGCAAGGGAAAAUAUAGAAGUAGUUGUGGUUGGAGGAUGUGAUGACAUCACAGAGUUCAGCGGGAACACGGGGCUUUUAAAAAGCUGAAAGAAACAUCCUGACACUCAGUGAUCGCGUCCCCCGAAAGGGAGUCAAGCCCACGUUGGCUCUUAAAGAGCCCAACUGUCUUCAGCCAAGACACAAAAGGCUCCGUCCCACCACUCAACAUGCACUGGCAAAAAUCUUCUGCUUCAGAACAACAGCCGCAGCCUCGCCCCUACCAAGGGGUCCGCGUCAAAGAGCCAGUGAAGGAGCUAUUGAAAAGGAAGCGGGGAAAUGCUCAUAAUGCCACUGCAGCAGCAGCCACAACGGUCGUUUUGCCCCACCAGCCCCUCCCUUCCUACACACCAAUGGGCCAGCCGUGUAUCGAUGUGGAUGCUGCUGCCCCUCCACUGCCCAGCACAGAGGAAGGAGCACUGUGUUCCAGCUGGCUCUCCCAGCCCUCUCCCUCAUCCCUGCAGCCUCUGACUCAGUGGACCACUUACCCCGACUACGUGUCCCACGAAGCAGCCAGCUGUCCUUACACUGCAGACAUGUACAUCCAGCCUAUGUGUCCCAGUUACACGUUGGUUGGGCCUUCGUCUGUACUGACUUAUGCUUCUCAGCCACUGAUCACCAAUUUCGCGCCCCGCAGCAGCACCCCGGCCGUGGUGCCCCAGCUGGAGGUGACGGAGCAGCAGCCACCCAUCACCUACUUCCCGUGGGCUCAGCCCCUCUCAGCACUGCCAGCCCCCACCCUGCAGUACCAGCCGGCCUCUUCCACGCUCCCCACGCCGCAAUUUGUGCCCCUGCCCAUCUCCAUCCCUGAGCCGGCCCCGCAGGAGCUGGAGGACGCCCGCAGGGUCAUCGGCACACUGCCCCUAGAGAAGCUGCUGCUAGAAGAUGAAGACAAUGAUACAAUUCUACAUAUUUAUGCAGCUAAAGGUAUGAGGGCGUUUACGUUGGCAGCUGCAGAGCGCAUGAAGGAGCUGCGGAGACUCGAUGCCAAGGAACACAGAGGAAAGACCCCGCUCCUGGUGGCCGUCACUGCCCGGCAGCCAGCGAUCGUCCACGAUUUGAUCCAGGCAGGAGCAGAUGUCAAUGCUGUAGACAACAAAGGGCAGUCAGCUCUGCACCUUGCUGCAACGUAUGGGUAUGCCCAGGUUCUCCAGGUGAUUCUUUCACAAGGCCUCCCUCUCGAUUUAGAAAUGAAGGAUUUUGAAGGCCAUACCCCUCUGCACUGUGCUGUCCUGGCCCACAACACACUGCUGCGGGACCGGGGCCACCUGGCACUGCCAGAACAGCAGAGUGAAGAGCUGCAGCACCAGAGCUGGGAGCUGGAGACCUGUGUGCAGCAGCUGGUGCAGGCGGGAGCUUCCAUCUACAGCCGGGAUGUGAAAAGCAACAAGACAGUUCUUCAUUACACCGUCCAGGAUGGGAACGUCUCCCUGCUCCGCUACUUCCUGGAGCUGAAUGCUUUCAAAUCCAAGGACUUCAUCAACAGCAAGGCCCAUGGAAACACAGCUCUGCACAUGGCAGCUGCGCUGCAUGGUGACAAGAACCAGAAGGAAAUCAUUCAAUUGCUCCUUGACCACGGGGCAGACCCAAGCAUCCGAAACUUAGACAACGACCAGCCGAUCCACAUGGCUCCUUCUGGGAAAGCUGGGGACCAGGUCAGGCAUUUGCUGAAGAGAGGGAAAGUCACAUCAACAUUCAUUUCCUGCUGCCGAAAUGCCAGAUCCUAGGUUGGAAUGGCUUCAGCUUCAGCCUGUGGCACGAAGCCCCAUAGAACAACCAUGAGGAUGGUUAACCAGCGUGUCUCUGCCCCCAGAAUCUAUACGCUGGGUUGGGAUGGCAGUGUUUCUCAACCUGUGGCCUUUGGACCACGAGUGGCAUGGGAGAUAUCAAGAGAUAAGCUCUGAGAUGGCAGAGAAGCUUAUUUUGUCAACAGGGAAUGCUAAUAAUCCCGUGACACAAAUAAGCAAACAUUUAACAUGCAGCCAAGCUUUGGUUUGGUGGCAAAGGGCAGCCAGGACACAAGAUGGUCCUUGGUAGCAAUGGUUGAGAAAUACUGCUCCAAGCCCUGCUCUCGUCCUGUGCGGAGGCACUGGGUGAAACGCUGAAGCCUCUGUGAUGUGCAGUGAGUUCGACUGUCCUUGGGAUGCACAGACCUGGGGGGAAGGGAGAGAAAGACUGGACCGAAGAGGUCGGCACCAAGACUGCAGUUUCCAGGGCCACGGCUGAACUAAAGACCUCCAAGGGAGGAGGAGCAGCUUGUUCCUGCAAGCUGCUGCUCUCCCUGCUCUUAGCACUUUGAGGAGGGGAGCUGAAUCAGCUCUCCAUUGCCCCAUUGCUCACCCCAACCCUUGAAAGGAG